CCUGGGCCGGGCGGGGCAGCGGACAGCCAUGCGGGUCCGGGCCGGGCGCUGCGUGGACCCGCGGCUGAAGCAGCGCGUUAAACAGUAUCUUGCAAGUAGUAAAUGUGGCCAGUAUGUUGACACUGGAGUUCUUGCAUCUGAUUUGCAGAAAACCUACAGAAUAUGGACGAAGAAAAAGAAAUGCUUUUAGAAUACAAGUUGAAAAAGUAUUUGGAAUAAUCAGUAAUGAAAAAGAACGUGAAGAUUUAGCAGCUUUAGAAGCCGAACAUGUGGCAAAAAGAGCAAGACAACAAGAGAAAAAUGAGACUUCAGCAAGUGCCACAGAUGACUCUGAUUAUGAUGAUUAUCCAGAAGAUCUAUCUACAAAUCACAUGAACAGUUCCCUGCUGAGUUUAUACAAGAAAGGAAAUCCUGAUUCUGUUCCAACCACUCCAAAAAAUGAACCAGUGGAAACCCUUCCUCCUAUGCGAGCAGCACCUCAAACAAGCACCCUCUCACCAGGAAUGCGAGUUGAAACACGCAUCUCUCAAGGUGGCUGGUUCAUUGAUAAAACUCCAUGUGGAAAGGAUUUUUUCAUUGACCUUUCUGAGGAUGGAGAAGGAAGUGAAAAGAAACUGAUUUCUGAGAAAUCCACAGAACUUUCUGUCUUGGAGAGUAAAAGAAAGAAGACCAAGGGUAAGAGAGCAAAAAGAAAAAAAGAAUUUCCAGAUGUAGAUGGGGAAAUUGAUUCCAUCUUACUUAAAGAGAAAGUUAGAAGUAAGGGACCAGAUCUUUACCACCCUUCAGUGAAGUUUGAGGAUGUAGGAGGCAAUGAUGAAACUUUAAAGGAAAUAUGCAAGAUGCUCAUUCAUGUCCAUCAUCCUGAAGUCUAUAACCACUUAGGUGUUGUUCCACCUCGUGGUUUUCUUUUACAUGGACCACCAGGAUGUGGAAAGACACUACUGGCACAGGCAAUUGCUGGGGAACUUGAGCUCCCAAUGCUGAAAGUGGCAGCAACAGAGAUGGUGUCUGGAGUGUCGGGAGAAUCUGAACAGAAACUGAGAGAAUUGUUUGAGCAGGCUGUGUCCAGUGCACCAUGUGUCCUUUUCAUUGACGAGAUUGAUGCAAUCACCCCCAAAAGAGAAGUUGCAUCGAAGGACAUGGAGCGGAGAAUUGUUGCUCAAUUCCUGACUUGUAUGGAUGACUUGAAUAAUGUGGCUGCCACUACCCAGGUCCUUGUUAUCGGAGCAACUAACAGACCUGACUCACUGGACCCUGCACUGAGGCGAGCUGGGAGAUUUGAUCGAGAAAUUUGUUUAGGGAUCCCAGAUGAAGCAGCAAGAGAAAAAAUUCUUCGGACUUUAUGUCGAAAACUUAAGCUCCCAGAGUCCUUUGAAUUUCAUCAUUUAGCACGGCUGACUCCAGGUUACGUAGGUGCUGAUCUGAUGGCACUUUGUCGUGAGGCAGCUAUGUGCACAGUGAACAGGGUCCUGAUAAAAUCUGAGAAGCAGAAAAAGAAACACAUACACACUGGAGGAAACACAGCUGAAGAAGGCAUCAUAGCAACAGACAUCCUGGUGGAAGAGGAUGGCAAACAACUAGAACUUCCUCCUAAGGAUGAAUUGCAGAGACUUUUGGAUUUGCUGAAGAAGCAAGACCCCUUGCCUGAGGACCAGCUGCAGAAGCUGUGCAUUGAGAUGAAUGAUUUUAUUGUUGCACUGUCAUCAGUGCAACCCUCUGCCAAGAGAGAAGGCUUUGUCACGAUUCCUGAUGUGACAUGGGCAGAUAUCGGAGCCCUGGAGGAUGUUCGGGAGGAGCUGACUAUGGCAAUAUUGGCACCUGUGCGAAACCCAGAGCAGUUUAAAGCUCUAGGCCUGACUACUCCAGCUGGUGUCCUGCUUGCAGGACCUCCUGGGUGUGGCAAAACACUGUUAGCUAAGGCCGUGGCAAAUGAGUCUGGGCUGAACUUCAUAUCUGUGAAAGGUCCUGAACUGCUAAAUAUGUAUGUUGGUGAAAGUGAACGUGCUGUACGUCAGGUAUUCCAGCGUGCCAGGAAUUCAGCCCCAUGUGUUAUAUUUUUUGAUGAAGUUGAUGCUUUGUGCCCUCGGAGGUCUGACCAUGAGUCAGGAGCCAGUGUCCGAGUAGUUAACCAGUUACUCACAGAGAUGGAUGGUCUAGAGAAUCGUCAGCAGGUUUUCAUUAUGGCUGCCACAAAUAGGCCAGAUAUAAUUGACCCAGCUAUCCUGCGUCCUGGUAGACUGGAUAAAACACUCUAUGUGGGUUUGCCACCACCUGAAGAUCGACUUGCUAUUUUAAAGACCAUCACCAAAGAUGGCACCCGGCCUCCACUAGAUAUUGAUAUAAGCCUUGAAGAAAUUGCUUACAGUCAACAUUGUCAUUGUUUUACAGGAGCAGACCUUUCCGCUCUAGUGCGUGAGGCUUCGGUUUGUGCCUUGAGACAGGAAAUGGCCCUGCAGAAUACUCAAAGCAAGAAAGGAGAAAUCAAGAUUUCCCGUAAACACUUUGAAGAAGCUUUUAAGAAGGUGAAAUCUUCAGUAUCAAAAAAGGUAAGACUCAUUACUCCCCUGGGAAGGAUUCUCUUUAUGCUGGAGACUGGUGGGAAUAGUUAAGGUUGCAGUAUACUUGCAUGUAUUUCAAACUGACACUACAUGUUUCUGGAUUAAACAAACCUGAUGUUUUUUACAAGACCAGAAAUUUAAGUGUCCCUGUUCAGCUACAGGUGAUGCAUUGCAUGUAGAUGGAUGACCAUGCUUUUGAGGUUGUCUUCUAGUAUGGCAUCUUGGAAUUCUUACUGACAUUCCCAGAUUAGUUAUUGACCUGGCCCUAACUUGUGUCUGUAGAAUUUUCAGUUAAAAGUCAGGGCCUUUAGAAUGGACUGUACCUUGCCACCACCUUUUUUCCCCUCAAGAUGGAUGUAACACCUAAAGAUGCUCAACCCUUUCUGUUAAUGUGCAAAAGACAUCAUUUUAAGAUAGGACAUAAAACACACUAUCAUCUUACUUAUUUCUUAUCAUUCCUUUCAUUAUUUGCAUUUGUCAAGGAAGUUUGUCUUAAAGGUUUCCUUAUGGCCUGUUCUUUUAAACAACUGAAAGGAAAGCUGUGCCAUCAUCCUAAUUACUGUAAUUAAGUAGUUAAUAUAUAUGGGAAUUGUUAUUGCUGCAGAGCUUUUGUGUAUAGGCGUUUGUGUUGCCAAGAGUAUACUGCAGCUAAAAUACAUUAAUAUAUUCACUUUGAAUACAGCCAGAGAGAAGUUAAUUAUUUCCCUUCAUUAUUAUUGUAUGUUGAUGGUUGGUGACCUUUUCAAAAAUGGCCCAUUAAAGAUGGCAUUGGUGGUUCUUUUCUUCCCCUUUGCUAAUCACUAAGCAAACAGUUUAGAAACAGCAGCCACAAAUGCUUAAAACAUCUAUUCUAAUACAGUAGGCACUGGCAAGUAUUAGGGUAUCCUCCUUCUGGCUCUUAAGAGUUAACUAGAAAUGUAAUUUUGCAUCUCAAAGACAGCUUAAAUAUCACAUAUCAGAGCCCUGUAUUUCAGUUACAUCCAUCUGAAGAAUUUUCAGUUAAGUAUUUUGAAAUAACUUUUGGAGUACAAGAUAUUCGUCUCCCAUUUCCAGAUACUACUUCCUAUCUAAUAAACAAAUUCCAUCUGACAAACUCUCUACAAUCCUUCCUUUGAAUACUGGAAAAUAAAAAAAGCUGCAUCUGAUUUAGUGCUUCUAAUUCUUAUUCUCUCUCCCACACACAUCUGAGUUCUGAUAACUUGCUUUUGGUUUAAUUGACUUGAGACAAACUAAAGUAUGUUGUUCUUACAGACAUCACCUUCUGAAGCCAGUUUUCUCAGUGGAAGUUAACAUCUCUGUUCUUCAAAACUAAAACUAACAUUUUUAGUGACUAGUGAAAAGGAUUAAGGAACAGUUAGUUAAGUUACACUAGUAAAAGGUCUUGUCUGUUCAUUUUGGUAGAACUGGAUGGGGAGUAAAGUGUCAAUUCAGCAGCUCCCCUGGUAAAGUGGGCAGCUGCAAUUUGAGCCUGGCAUGGCAAUAUUAAGUGUAAGAACUCUGCCAGAGUCUCAUGUUAAUUACAUACCAUUGGUGGCUAUCACUGGAGAGCCUCAUUUAUAAGCCAGGGUGGUGGGCUUUUGCUUCAUUUAGAGUUUUUCUUGUAAAUGUUUUAAAAUACAGCUAGUGGCUCAUAUAGCUUGUUUGUUUCACUUUGUUAAUACUACACAUAAAGUCACUUUUAAACAUUGUAUUAUUUUUAACUAUUGUCUGAAUUAAUUUUUCCUCUUACUUGGCACUGUUAGGACCAAAUAAUGUAUGAAGAACUGCAUCAGUCACUGCACAGGUGAUACAUUUGGAUAAUUCCCAAAAAAACUUGUUCUGCAUUGGUGGAAAGUCUGCAAUACCUGUGCCUGAUUUCAAGAGACAGGUUGGAAAAGAAGCUGUAUUGAAUCUCUCUCCACUUUUUCAACUGUACCUGAAAAAGGUCAUCAUAACCUACUGUUCUAAACCAUGCUUAGUUUAACUGUUUCCAGAAUAAACGAUGCAGUACACCCUUCCUGCAUAUCACCAUUUACUUCUUAAAAAUGAAUGCUUUUAGUGCUGAAGAGCUAAUAACCAUUCUGAUAUAUUUGGUGCCUUUAAUCAAAAAUCCCUUAGAGGCCAACACUUCAAAGUGUUUACAUUGCUCAAAUAGCUGUUUUCAACCUUAGCUAUUUUCAUUUAUGUUUUUCAAGGACUCUGGAAGAACUACUGGGAGAAAAGAGCUGUGAAAGUAGACUGGGAAAGUGCUGCACUGUAUGUUACCAUACUAUUACUCACGCCUUUCCCAAACAGAGUGACACAUUAUGAUUGUGCCAGCACAGGUUCUCAGACAGCUAACAGCUUGCUUUCACCUUAUCAACAGAAACUAUCCACAGAUGGCAAGCUGUCUAGAAAGUUUGGAAAUCUGCAAAGUGCUGCAAUACUAUGGUUUGACAGCCACCUAAGAAACCUUUGAAACAGUAAGAGUGAUCUAACAAGCUGGCUCUUUAUUUUUUUUUAAACUAUAGAUUUGAAUUUAAGUGUUUUGAUAUCCUCUGGAGGAAGAAGAAUGUUACUGUUUUAUGAAACAGGCCAAGAGCCUCUUUUUUAAAAAACAAACAAACAAGAAAUUCCAUCUUGGAAAGAGGGUCAUAACUUCCAGCAUCAGCAAACUUGGAAGUAUCUCAGUUCAGACAAAACACGGAAAUGUGCCAGAGCAACUAAUCUCAGAAGCCUACAAAUCUUAAUGGAUUUUUUUUACCACUGUCAGCGUUCUACAAAAUUCUUUAAUCAUUAAUCUCAGUUCCUAUCUUGAAUCAGUCUUAUUCAUCCUAAAACCACUGCAGCCAUCAGCCAAGGAUCAGAAGAGGAAAUGGAUCAUAUCUGCUAGCAAAUUUCACAGAGUCUUAAGUUUGAUGACACCAAACUUGAAAAAUUUAGUCAUUAAUUUUCCAUAUAAAAAAACAGUAAAAUAGUUGUUGUAAGCAACAUUUAUUCUGUAAGCAUCUUCCCUACUUUACCACUUAAGAGGGAAGAGAUCAUUUAAUCUCCUACUCAAGUCAUAAUUCAUUUAAAGAAGUUGUCAUGCUUUGCUAGAUGUGACUCUGAACAACCUGAUCUAACUUUAAGACUGACCUUGCCUUGAGAGGGACUAGUGCCUUGUAUCUUAGAUUCUUCUCUCUGAAUUGCCAUCUGACAAAGAUAUUGCACAUUGUUCCCAAGGGUAAGUGUGGAAGGCUAUUACAAAUAUCUAGUCACCAGACUUGUGUUUUAAAAUUACUGACACUCACGGUAACUGGUACUUUGGACAAUAUGGUCUAAUAUUCCCAGUGACUCGAGUUGUGGCCCAUCCCUGCAUGUAAAGCAGAUUAUAUGUCUGCUUUUAAUUGUAAAUCAGGCUUGGAGCUUCAGGAAUUACUGUGAUUCCCAGCAAUCUAAGAUGAAGGAUCACCAUUUUAUCUCACGAGUAUUUUCACUGGUGGAUUUUACAUUACUGUGAGGCAAUGCAAUCAGUACAUAUCAGUUCAGUGACUAAUUUUACAUUAAAAUCAUACCUAGAUGUCAUGUACAGAACUAUAUAAGAACUAUCUCUGUUACAUAAACUUCUUCCUGAUUUAGCUCUAAAUCUACAACUUUACAGGUUUACCACCCUUCUUAAAUAGAAGUGUUUUGCUUUAUAGGAAGCUACAAUUGUGUGAAAGUAAGCUGUAAGCUGUUUUAGUACAAUACUCACUUUGCUUGAGUGUUCAAGAGCUGACCAAUGGAAAAAAAAUCAAGCAGGAGCCCCAUGAAAACAGUAUAUGAUACCUCAAAUACCAAUUUUUAAACUGUCACCCAUUCUGCCUUUAGAUAUGGUAAUUCUCAAAUCAGGAAUUUAACUGUCUAACAGUGAUACAACUUCAGUGAUAGGAUUUAGAAAUGUUUGUCAUCCUUUCUUGGAAAAAAAAAUGUGGCAAGCCAGCCCCUCCUUACAGUUGAAAAUAACCACAUGAAUGAUUUCUCCUUUAUGGAUAUAUUGAGGAAAAUCCUGCUACCAUACCUAAGGAUACCUGCAGCUGAAUUUAUGAAGGAGUGAAGUCCUCAAGCCCUGGCAUAUUCACCUGAGAAUUUUCUCCUCCUCACCUCUGAAGAUGAUGUUACUCCUGUGUAUAUAUACGGAGCAAGAAAGCAAGGUGGGACUUGCAAGGCAAGACUAAGAAGGAAAUACUAUUAAGUAGUAGUAACAAUAUUAUCUUGUCAGGAGUUCUAACACAAACACGUUUAACAUACAAGGUGUCUGAUGAACAUUCUUAACAUGUGAUAGUAGAAGAGGAAGUGGGGCACAGGAGGGCUUGAAUUUACAAGAAAAUCUUGAAGGGCAGAAAAAGCCAGAUCAGUUAAGUGUCCGUGUCCUGUUUGCUUACCUUGUCUGGGCUACAUAUGCAUCAGGGAACACACAUGGGCAGGCAGCUGAACUCUUAUCAACUGUUCACGCAAGAAAGUGCUGCAUCCACACUGCUACUUGUUCUUGUUGGAAAUUCUGCUUAGGUUAUAGUACUUAUAACUAAAAACCCAACUUGAUAAGAAAUAAAAUGCAAGAUCCCUUACACUUCUACACAGAAAAUGAGAAUUGUUUUAAGUAACAAGCUUUUUCAUGCAGUAGAGACCACUACUUUGUUCUGCAUCUGCAGCUAGUGCCCCUCCUAGCAGACAUGCCUGAAGGAGGUUUUCCUUCUAGGCAUCUUGUUUCUGUUGUGAAAAGAUCAAGAAAUUGUUUAUCAUGCCAUUCUUCUCUCCCUUUUCCUCAGGCUAGCCACGUAACUAAAUCACAAAAAUGAUUCUGUCCUGGAGCAUAUUAGGUGCUAACUUAAGCGUGGGUAAGGGGCAGAGGCAAUGCAGGGAACUGUCAGCAAUAAAAAAAUUUCUGUUUUCA